AUGGCUACAGUUUCUAGUAGUUUUAAAUAUUGCUCUCGAUGUGAUAAAUAUUUAGAAAAUAUUGCUUUUGUUAAUCAAACUGAAAACUCUAUAAAAGUAUGUUACGAAUAUCAACAAACAAACUUAAAAGCUUAUUACUCUACUAAAGAUAAUGACGAUGAUUAUAUUAAUCAAAAUCCAGUUGACUCUAAAGAAAUGAAAGACAAAUUAUUUGAAUAUAUUUUUAAUAUUGGAAAUAAUGAAUUUGUAGAAAAUGAUAAUUUAGAUAUAAAUUUUUCAUGUAACGUAUCAACUACCUUAAUAAAAAGUGAGCUACAUAAACUUGGAAAAAAAUUUUCUAAAAUAGUAGGAUCAGCUGAUGGAUAUUAUUAUAUUCGCACUUUAGCAAAAUUGCCUCGAAAGCAUAUAGAUUCAAAUAAACAACAUGAUAAAGGAUAUAUUGAACGAUUUUCUUGUAAUGAUCAUUUUAAUGUAUCUGACGAAAUUAAAACUGUAAUAAAAAAAAACAUAUAUUUUAUGCCAUCAGAUAUAUUUAGACAACUUGAACAACAAAAUCCAAAUUUGACUCAAAAACAAGUUCAUGCAUGUAAGGAGAUAGUUGUAGAUGCUACAUAUAAUAUAAAUGCUUUAGGAUAUGAGCUAUAUUCAGUUAUUAGCCAGUAUGACGGAGCUGGAUUUGCUAUUGCAUAUUUGUUUGUUGAUAAUGCUAAAAAAAGUGAUGGCACACUUAAUAAAUCCUUUUUUGAAAAUAUCCAAUAUCAAGAAACAUAUCCAUUUAUAUUUCAAUUAUUACAACAGCCUCAACAAAUAUUACAAAAUUCAUCUACACAAUUAUUAGAUUCAAAUAAUGUUGCCAAUGUGCUAGAAGAUUCGUCCACACAACUAUUGAAUUCAAAUAACAAUUACAAGUUAAUACUUCUUAAUGCACUUGAGAUUGUAAAAGAACAAGAAAACAUUGAUAAUAUUCAAUAG